AUGUUUGUAUAUUUGAACAAGAAGAUCGCUAUUCCCAACGGAGUCUUCCUCCACUGCUGUGAAUGGAACGCUAUCGAAGGCUGGGUAGCAUGUGGAGGAGACGGAGGACUGCUGAAGAUCCUGCAGUUCGAGAACAAAGCGCAGGGGAGGGAGAAGGGAGUAGCAGGAACCAGCAACUUGAUUAUGAAUCAGACACUGACAGGGCACAAGAGCGCAGUGCUGUGUGCAGCAUGGAACGACGAGUGCAAGAAACUGACCACUUCGGAUGAGAAGGGUCUCAUCAUCGUCUGGACUCUGCACAAGGGUUCUUGGUACGAGGAGAUGGUGAACGACCGGCAAAAGUCGGUCGUGCGGGACAUCAAGUGGUGUGUGGACGGGACGAAGAUCUGCAUCUGCUAUGCGGACGGUGCAGUGAUAGUGGGAUACGAGGAUGGGAACAGACUGUGGGGCAAGGACCUCCAGAAAGAGCUGAUCUUCUGUGAAUGGUCGCCGGACGCCCGCCUCCUGGUGUUCGUUACCCCCCAGGGUGAAGUGCACGUGUACGACGCCAACGGCAACUACAUCGCGCCCGUCACCUUGUUCGCAGGAGACGCCACGGCUCGAGUGUCAGGGAUACACUGGUACGAUGAGGUGGAGGGGAAGGUCGAUCCCAGCGCUCCCUCGCUCGCCAUCGCCUUUGACAACGGGAGGGUGCAACUCAUGACCUCGGAGACUGACGAGAAGCCGAUCCUGAUUGACACGGGCCUGCAGCCGACCAUCGAUGACCCCAAGGGCCCGCCGAGGCUCCAGGUCAAGUGGAACUACCAGGGAUCCAUCCUAGCCAUCGCCGGAGCGGCAGCGAACAGCGGCGGCGAUCAGAAUGUCAGUCAAGUUCAGUUCUACGACCCCUUUGGACGCCACCUCCGCACGCUCAAGAUGCCGGGCCCGGGCAUCACCGGGCUGGGCUGGGAAGGAAGCGGAAGCCUGCGCCUUGCCAUCUCUGUAGAGUCGUUCAUCUACUUCGCCAACAUCCGCCCGGACUACCUGUGGGGCUACUUCUCCAGUACCCUCGUAUACGCCUUCACCAUCGCCGACAGGGUGGAGCACUGUGUUGUGUUCUUUGACACGCAGACCGGGAACCGGACGGUGAAGUUCGUCAAGACUCUGAUUCGUAUACAAGCCUUCGGGGACUUCUGUGUGCUUGCCACAAGGACGGACGAAGUCGGAGUGUACAUCCUCAUCCUCUGCAACUCCAUUGGAGCACCAGUGGACACCAAGUACAUCAACAUCGAGCCACACUACAUCCACAUGACGGAGACGCAUGUCGUCUGCGCGGACGACAACACCAUCUGUGUAUGGCAGUACAGCUCUAGGGUAUCGAAGCUGACCUCCAUCGACUCUUCCAAAGACGGAGUGGCACUGAAGAAGAAGGACGGGAAAGAGAUUGUCUGGCAUGUGGAUGAAAGCCCCAACACAAGCACUGGAGGGUUCGACAAGCUGGGCAGGAAGCCGAACACGGAGGAUCCUAUCUCGUGUAUCUGUGCAAAUAGAAGCAUGCUACUGGUCGGACGUGAGAGCGGGACUGUACAGAGGUACUCCUUGCCUCACAUACAACUCGAGCAAAAGUACAUCCUCCGGUGCUGCCCGCAGAUGCUUGCGGUCAAUUGUGACAGCACCAAGAUGAGUAUCAUUGACAUCAACGGCGUGCUCUCUUUCUUUGACUUCGAGGCUGGAAGAGGAAAGGGCAUCAGCGAGGACUUGCACGCACCAGGAGAGCACCUCGCCACUGAGAGAAGAGAUGCCUGGGACAUGCUGUGGGCUGAGGACAACCCCGACCUCAUCACAACCAUGGAGAAGUCGCGCAUGUACAUCCUCCGUGGCAUGCAGCCAGAAGAAGCCGUCCUGUCCUCGGGCUACUUGUGCAGGUUCAGCAACCUGACCAUCACCGCGAUCCUGCUCGACGAGAUCAUGAUCCAGUCCCCGAAGCUGCCGGACACCUCCUUCCUCGAGCACGUCAUCGAGUUCGAGACCAAGUCACUUCGAGACUCCCGUGACAUCCUCACAAAGGUUGGCAUCACGGACGGCAGCCAGUACAUCGACGACAACGCCCACCCUCGCCUCUGGUCCCUCCUCGCCGAGUUUGCGCUCGAGCGGCUGGAUCUGCAGACAGCUGAGAAGGCGUUUGUGAAGCUGGGAGACUACCAGGGUAUCCAGCUCGUCAAGCGGCUCUCCCACCUCAGCGACAAGGCAAAGCAGCGGGCGGAGGUCUCGGUCUACUUCAAGAGGUUCGACGAGGCAGAGAAGCUGUACAAGGACAUGGACAGGCUCGACCUGGCGAUCGACAUGCGCGCGACGCUCGGGGACUGGCACAAGGUUAUGACCCUGGCGGGUCAAGGCGGAGGGAGCGAUGUCUUGCUAAAGACCGCCUACGUCAACGUGGGCGACUACUACUUCGACCGGCAGAUGUGGAACAAGGCGUACGGCUACUUCGAGAUGGCGGACGCGAUAGAGAAACAGAUCGAAUGCCUGUACAACAUGGAGGACUACAACUCCAUGGCGAAGCUCGCUACUGACCCUGAAAAGCAGCUCCCUGAAGGCUCCUCCACCCUCCUCGUCAUCGGCGAGCGGCUGGCGAGCGUCGGACUGGCAGACGAAGCCGUCACGGCCUUUCUGCGUGCCAACGAUGUCAAGGCAGCCAUCGACUGCUGCGUCCUGCUCAACAAGUGGGACCAGGCCAUCCUGCUAGCAGAGGAGCACGACUUCCCGCAGAUCGAGGGGCUGCUGACCAAGUACGCGACCCACCUGCUGGGGACGGGCAAGAGGAUGGAAGCGAUCGAGCUCUACCGCAAGGCGAACCGGCACCCGGAGGCGGCGAAGCUCCUUGCAGAGAUCGCGCAGGAGGUGGUGAAGAGCAAGGCGAACCCGCACCGAGCUCGUCAGCUGUACAUCCUUGCGGCCCUCGAGGUUGAGAAGUUCCGCGAGAAGACACUCAGGGUGCAGCAGCCGGGAGGGACGACGAUGGUGGGUGGGACCAUGGCAGGCAAGACGACUAUGGGCAGGGCGACCAUGGGCGGCGUGAGGAACACGCAAGCUACGCUGGCUACGCUGGACGGGCUCAUGCAGGGAGAUGCGAUCUCAGCUGAGAACAAGAUCCUUGACCAAGCAUGGAGGGGGGUGGAGGCUCUCGAGCUGUACCUAGAGGCGCACGAGCAUCUCUACUCAGGGCGAGUGAACAUAGCGAUGAGGUAUGCGCAGAGCCUGGCCAAGUACGACGAUAUCCUCGAUGCGGAGGACAUCUUCUCGCUGAUCGCUCUGACCUCGUUCCACAACAACAUGUACGCUGUCUGCUCUAACGCGUUCAUGAGGCUGGAGCAGCUGGAAAGCCUGCCCAAGGAGAGGAGGGAGCACUUCCAGGAGCUCGCGUUCAAGAUCUUCACCCGGUACACGCCCAAGGACAUCAGCGUGAGCAAGACCGCAGAGCAGGAGAGCGUGACUUCUGAAACUCUCAAGGCGAUCCGAAAGAAGUACAUACAGCUCUGCCAGGUAGGCCAGUGA